CGCCUCACUCUGUGUUUACGUGGAGACGAAGAUGGCGGUGGCGACCGCUGUACUCGUGUGGACGAGGACGAUUCGCCAGUGAUUGCAGCGACUGACUGUUUUUGUUACGGGGGUGGGGGGAGGCAGCUCCUGGCCGAGCCCUGCGGCCUGGGUCGCGGAGCUAGCCGUCCCACCUCGGUCUGAACCGAUUUUUCCUUUCUACCCCCGACCCCCUCCCCGUUCUUUCCCUGCCUACCCCGCAGAAGCCAUGGAGGACGAAGAAAGAAGGAGAAAGGUAGAAGCUGGCAAAGCGAAGCUUGCCCAGUUUCGACAAAGAAGAGCUCGAUUGGAUGGACAAAACCCUCAUAAGAAGCCAAAAAAGAAGAAAACCUCAAGCAGUAAAAAUGAUGUUCAUGGCUUGAAUAUUGAUCAAUCAAAGAGUGAGGAGAUGUUCAUAAAUAGUUCUCAGGGUGUUGGAUCAGCCGUGAUGCCUGAAUCCACAAUAAUGAGAACUCUAAACAAUGAAGAAAUGCUUAAGCAUGAGCAGGUCUUUUCUGUUGAUCCGGAAAGUGAGAUUUCAACCACAGCAGAUGAUUACACUUCGGAGGUAAAUGAUUGCUGUAAUGUGGUGAAAACAAGAAAGCCUACCAAUUUAUUAAUGGAAGAAGAAUUUGGUGUCGUUGAUUCUUAUUCUGAACAAGGCGCACACUAUAGUGAGACUCGCCUAGAGUUGAUAGAAAACGAAUUAGUUGGGAAACCUGAACAUGAGCCCGAAGAACUGAACAGAGAACUGGAAGAAAUGAGGGCCACUUAUGGGACUGAAGGAUUGCAUCAGUUACAAGAAUUUGAAGCAGCAGUUAAACAAAGAGAUGGUAUUAUCACACAGCUCACCGCCAAUUUACAACAGGCAAGAAGGGAAAGGGAUGAAACGGUGAGAGAAUUUUUAGAGUUAACGGAGCAAAGUCAAAAAUUGCAGAUUCAAUUCCAACAAUUACAGGCUAGUGAAACUCUACGAAACAGCACUCACAGUAACACAGCUGCAGAUUUACUGCAAGCCAAACAACAGAUUCUCACUCAUCAACAACAGCUUGAAGAACAAGACCAUCUAUUAGAAGAUUAUCAAAAAAAGAAAGAAGACUUCAAAAUGCAAAUUAAUUUCUUACAGGAGAAAAUUAAAGUAUAUGAAAUGGAACAAGAUGAAGUAGAAAAGUCAAAUAAAAAAGAAUUACAGGAAAAGGAGACAAUCAUCCAGGCGUUAAAUAUAAGAAUAAUAGAAGAAGAAAAAAAGAAUCUUGAGCUAAAAGAUCAAGUCACAGCCACUGAAAAAUUAAUGAGAGAAUUACAAGAACAAAUUGCAAGUAUGAAAUUAGAGCUGGCUAAUUCUAAGCAAAAAGAAAAACAAUGUUCUGAAGAAAUAAAACAGUUUAUGGGUACAGUUGAAGACCUUCAGAAAAGACAUCAUUACACAGAUAGCCAGUUUGAAUCUGAUGUACAGAGAAUGGUGGAACAAGAAAUGCAGAAAAGAUUAGAACAACUCCAAGCAGAGAUGGAUGAAAUGUAUGGGCAACAGAUAGUACAGAUGAAACAAGAGUUAAUAAAGCAACACAUGUCACAGAUAGAGGAACUUAAAGCACAACAUAAGGAGGAAAUUGAGAGUGUUUUAAAAUCACAUUUAAAUAUUACAAUUAAUGAAGAUCAAAUAAAGUUAAUGAACGUGGCAAUAAAUGAACUGAAUAUGAAAUUACAAGAUACUAACGCUCAAAAGGAAAAACUCCAAGAAGAACUAGGAAUAGUUUCAGGAGAAAAAUCUACUCUGCAGAGACGACUUGAUGACCUUUUUGAAGAAUUGAACUUUUUAAGGGACCAAAUUCAGAGAGCUAGAAUGAUAAUAGCUGAACAAGAAAGUCAACUGAAUGAAGCACAUAAGUCCCUUAGUACAGUGGAAGCUUUAAAAGCUGAGAUUGUUCUGGCAUCUGAAUCUAGGAAAGAACUAGAGUUAAAACAUGAAGCAGAAGUUACAAAUUACAAGAUAAAACUUGAAAUGUUGGAAAAAGAAAAAAAUGCUGUAUUAGACAGAAUGGCUGAAUCACAAGAAGCUGAAUUAGAGAGGCUGAGAACACAGCUUCUAUUUAGUCAUGAAGAAGAACUUUCGAAACUAAAAGAAGAUUUAGAAGUUGAACAUCGAAUAAAUAUUGAAAAACUUAAAGAUAGCUUAGGCAUUCACUAUAAACAGCAGAUAUAUGGCUUACAAAAUGAAAUGAGUCAAAAGAUAGAAACAAUGCAAUUUGAAAAAGACAAUUUGAUAACUAAGCAGAAUCAGUUGGUUUUGGAAAUUUCAAAACUAAAAGAUUUACAGAAGUCCAUCAUGGAUUCAAAAUCAGAAGAAAUGACCCUUCAGAUGCAUGAACUCCAAGAGGAAAUUGAAAUAUUAAGACAAGAAAAAAAAGAAAAAGGUACGCUUGAACAAGAAGUUCAGGAAUUACAACUUAAAAUUGAAUUAUUGGAGAAAGAAAUAAAGGAAAAAGAGGAUGACCUUAAAGAAAAGUUUUCACAACUUGAAGCAGAAAAUAACAUUCUUAAAAAUGAGAAAAAAGCUAUUGAGGACAUGUUGAAAAUUUAUGUUCCUGCUGAACAAGAAGAAAAAAUGAUUUUCAUUGACUCCAGCAAGUCCAUAUCCAAAGAUUGUAGCUGGCAAAAAGAAAUGGAAAUGCUUACAAAAGAGAAUGAGGCCCUCAAGCAACAGUGUAUUCAGCUAAAUGAAGAAAUUGAAAAGCAAAGAAGUACAUUUUCAUUUGCUGAAAAAAAUUUUGAAGUUAACUAUCAAGAGUUACAGGAGGAGUAUACUUGCCUUCUCAAGGUAAAAGAUGAUUUAGAAGACAGUAAAAACAAACAAGAAUUAGAGUAUAAAAGUAAACUUAAAGCACUUAAUGAAGAGCUUCAUUUACAAAGAAUAAAUCCAGCUACAAUCAAAGUGAAAAGUGCCAUGCUUGAUACUGACAAAGCUUUUGUCGCAGAGCCAUUAGAAAUCUGUGAAGUUGUUGAGAAAGAUACAACAGAACUUAUGGAAAAACUUGAGGUAACCAAGCGAGAAAAGCUAGAAUUGUCAGAGAAACUGUCUGAUCUCUCUGAACAAUUAAAACAAAAACAUGGUGAGGUUAAUUUUCUCAGUGAAGAAGUCAAAUCUUUAAAGCAAGAAAAAGAGAAAAUUCUAUUGAGAUGUCAAGAGCUAGAACUCCUAAUUAACCAUCAUAGAGCAGAAAAUAUAAACAUGUGUGAUGUUCAUUUAAGCUCUUUACAAGAUGGAAUAGUAACUAUUAUAAGCAGGGAUUCUCAAGGAUCAUUAUCUAAUGUAGGUGAAGAUUUUGGAGAAGAAUCAAAAACAGUAGUGGAAGAGAAAAUUUCUUUUGAAAAUGUGGCUAUUAGAAGAGAAAGCAAGCAAGAACAGUUAUUUUCACCAUCAGUAACAAACGAAUCCUCACCUGGAACAGAUCAAUCAAGUGAAAAUGAUAAACUCCAUCAGGAACUUUAUGUACUUAAAUCAGAACAGAAUGAUUUAAGGCUACAGAUGGAAGCUCAGCGCAUAUGCCUUUCACUGGUUUAUUCAGCUCACGUGGAUCAGGUUCGUGAAUAUAUGGAAAAUGAAAAAGAUAAAGCUCUUUGCAAUCUUAAAGAGGAGCUUAUUUCUACUCAAGAGGAAAAGAUCAAGGAACUUCAGAAAAUAUACCAGUUAGAACUACAGAAUGUAAAAACACAAGAAACAGAUACCAAAAAAAUUAAACAACUUGAAGAACAAAUUCAAGAAUUAGAAAACUUCAUAUGCUUUUUGCGCCAACAAUUGAAAGAAACUGAAGAAAAUCAUAGGGCAGAAAUUUAUUCUCUACAGGAGAAGCUGCAAGCCAUUAGUGAGGCCAAGGUGGACCCAAGCUUCUCUGUUGAUUCAGUGGUAAUUAAAGAAUCUGAUGUACAGAAAUCAGUAGUACAUCCUGGAAAUUAUCUAAAAAAGAAUAUUGAUCAUGCAAUAGAGUUUUCUAAUGAAUGUGGAAUGAAACAAGAAACAAAUAUGGUUCAAUUGUUGGAAAAACAAUACCAAGAAAGAUUAGAAGAAGAAAUAGCUAAGGAUCAAAUUGAUCUUCAGACCUCUGAUGCAUUGGACAUGAAAUUUAAAGAAGAAUUUAAGCCACUUAGUAAAGAGUUAGGAGAAGAUGGAGAAGUUCUGUUACCAAACAGUGAUCAUCUUGAUGAUGUAGUAGAAUCAGAGGUCCACCAACUAACUAUUUCAGAAGAAAUGUUCUCCAAAGACAAAACAUUUAUAGUUAGCGAAUCUAUUCAUGGUAAGAUGUUGGCAUCAAGCAUGGAUGCUUCUAGACAAAUGAUGUCAAACGAAGAACAGUUGGAAGAUAUGAGGCAAGAACUUGUACGACAGUAUGAAGAACAUCAACAGGCCACAGAACUGUUGAGGCAGGCACACAUGAGACACAUGGAGCGACAGCGAGAGGAACAGGAGCAGCUACAAGAAGAGAUUAAGAGACUUAAUAGACAGUUAGCCCAGAGAUCCUCAUUAAAUAACGAAAACCUGGUUUCAGAAAGAGAAAGGGUGCUUUUAGAGGAGUUGGAAGCACUAAAGCAGCUGUCUUUAGCUGGAAGAGAGAAGCUGUGUUGUGAGCUGCGCAGCAGCAGUACGCAAACACAGAAUGAAAAUGAAAACCAAAGGGAAAUUGAGGAACAGACGUUGAAAGAAAAGGAAAUGGACAGAAAACCUGAAGAUGUACCUCCUGAUAGUCUGUCCAGUGAAAGGUUUGCACUCCAGAAAACUAAUAACAGACUUCUGAAGAUCCUCUUAGAAGUUGUAAAGACUACCAUAGCUGUUGAAGAAACUAUUGGCCGCCAUGUUCUCGGGAUUUUAGAUAGAUCUAGUAAAGGCCAGUCAUCUGUCAGCCUUAUUUGGAGGUCAGAAUCAGAGGCGCCUGUAAAGUCAGGUAUCCAAGAGGAACACAUAAGAGUUAUAGACAGAUCCAUACCCUCUUAUUCUGGAAGUGAUAUGCCAAGAACUGAUAAUAGCAUGUGUUCAAAAGUAACUGAGGAAGGAACAGAAUUAUCGCAGCACCUUAUAAGGAUUGGUUUUGCUGGAACUGAAAUAGAUCCUGAAAAUGAAGAAUUAAUGCUGAAUAUUAGUUCUCGACUACAAGCAGCAGUUGAAAAAAUACUGGAAGCUCUAAGUGAAACUAGUAGUCAGCUUGAACAUGCAAAAGUUACACAAACAGAAUUGAUGCGUGAGUCAUUCAAACAGAAACAACAGGCAACAGAGUCCCUUAAAUGCCAAGAAGAACUGCUAGAGCGCCUUCAUGAAGAGUCUAGGGCCAGAGAACAGCUGGCAGUGGAGCUCAGUAAGGCUGAGGGUAUCAUUGAUGGCUACGCAGAUGAAAAAACUGUUUUUGAAAGGCAAAUUCAGGAAAAAACUGAUAUAAUAGAUCGCCUUGAGCAGGAGUUGUUACAUGCAGGUAAUAGGUUGCAAGAAUUGGAAGCAGAACAACAAGAAAUCCAAGCAGAAAAAGAAUUAUUGUCAAGACAGAAGGAGGCAAUGAAAGCAGAAGCAAGUCCAGUUGUACAACGACUAGUAGAUGCUGCAGUCGAUGCAGCACCUGAAGCAGAAUUACUACAUGAGACAGAAAAAUUAAUGAAGGAAAAGCUAGAAUUGCAAUGUCAAGCUGAGAAAGUACAUGAUGAACUUCAAAAACAAAUGAAAGCUUUGGAAAUAGAUGUUGAAGAACAAGUCAGUUGGUUUAUAGAGAUGGAACAAGAAAAAAAUGCUGAAGUAAUGGAUUUAAGACAGCAAAACCAAGCACUGGAAAAGCAAUUAGAAAAAAUGAGAAAAUUUUUAGAUGAGCAAGCCAUUGACAGAGAACAUGAGAGAGAUGUGUUCCAACAAGAAAUACAGAAGUUAGAACAACAACUUAAGGUUGUGCCUCGAAUCCAGCCUGUUGGUGAACAUCAAACUAGAGAGGUUGAACAGUUAACAAAUGAUCUAAAAGAAAAAACAGACAAGUGCAGUGAGCUGCUUCUAUCAAAAGAACAGCUUCAGAGAGAUGUACAAGAGAGGAAUGAAGAAAUUGAAAGGCUAGAGUUCAGAGUGAGAGAACUGGAACAAGCCUUACUUGUUAGCACAGACAAUUUUCAAAAGGUAGAGGACCAGAAACAAUUUGGAGCCUUACAAGCUAAAGCAGAAUUGUCUCUAGAAGUGCAACUGCAAGCUGAGCGAGAUGCUAUUGACAGAAAAGAGAAAGAGAUAACAAACUUAGAAGAACAACUAGAGCAAUUUAGAGAUGAGCUUGAAAAUAAAAAUGAAGAAGUUCAGCAACUACAUAUGCAAUUGGAAAUACAGAAAAAGGAAUCCACUACCCGUCUACAGGAACUUGAACAAGAAAAUAAAUUAUUCAAGGAUGAAAUGGAGAAAUUGAAAUUUGCCAUAAAGGAUCCUGAGGCUAUCUCUACUCAUGACCAGCAUAUGCUAUUUGGGAAAUUUGCUCAAAUAAUACAGGAAAAAGAGGUAGAAAUUGAUCGAUUAAAUGAGCAAAUUAGAGACUUUCAUCAACAACUUAGACUUACAACAGAUAACAAGGAUUUUGAAGAAAAAAAUGAACUGAUAAGGGAUCUUGAAGUCCAAAUAGAAUGUCGGAAGAGUGAUCAUGAAAGUUUGAAGAAAAAUAGAGAAGAAGAAACAGACAAGCUCAAUGAAGUGAUUGAAAAACUUCAGGAGGAAUUGUCAUAUAUUGAACAGAAUAUGUUGGUGGAUACCAGUUCCCCCUCAGAACAAGAGGACAGCUUGAAACAUCAGUUGGAAAAGGUUAUAGCUGAAAAGCUGGCUUUGGAACAGCAAGUAGAAAUCACUAAUGAAGAAAUGGCCUUCACAAAAAAUAUACUUAAAGAAACCAAUUUUAAAAUGGAUCAGCUAACACAAGAAUUAGUCAACUUGAAGAGAGAACAUGACCAUAAGGAAAAAAUCCAAAGUGUACCAGAUGAAAGUGUUAGCAUGACUAUAGAUGAUCUCAGCAAAGACCAACCCAAACUGGAAGUAAUCCAUAUUGAAGAUGUUCUUAAACCCCCUAAGAACAAGAUGUAUCUCAGAUCUUUUGAAGAAAGCACCAAAGUUUCCAGAAAUUUGGAAACAAAACUGCUACAGCUUGAGAGCUCUGUUAGCGCAAAGGACUUAGAACUUAUCCAGUGUUAUAAACAAAUAGAAGACAUAAAAGAACAAGGCCAAUCUGAAACAGAAAUGCUUCAGAAGAAGAUCGUAAACCUACAGAAAGUACUUGAGGAGAAAGUAGCUGCUGCUCUUGUAAGUCAAGUCCAACUUGAGGCAGUUCAGGAAUAUGUGAAAUUCUAUCAAGAUAAAGGAGUAGCUUCAUCAGAACUUGAAAAGGAAAAUAUGCAGAAUUUAAAUCAAAUAACAGAAAACAAGAUGGAGUCAGAUAUGUCUGCAUUAACCUUGAGAAUAUCAGACUUAGAAAGACAAGUGAUUGAAAUGCAUACUACUUUGAUUUCAGAAAAAGAACAAGUAGAAACUGCAGAGAAAAAUGCUUUGGAAAAAGAAAAGAAGCUGAUAGAACUGCAGAAGUUGUUGGAGGACAGUAAGAAAAAACUAGAAGGAAAAGAAAGGAAAAGAAGCCCUCACGGAGAUUUUGUUCUCAAGACAACUACUGAGUUAAUAAAUGCCAGUGGAGAAAGUGGAUUUUUUGAAGAACUUGAGGCUCUUAGAAUCGAGUUAGUGGCUACCAAAGAAGAACUUGCCACUUUCAAAGAAAGGACAGAAAAACUUCAAAAAGAGCUUUUGGUAAAAGAGACAAAUAUGGCAUCUCUUCAGAGAGAUUUAAGCCAAGUUAAGAAUCAACUUGGUGAGGAAAAAAAGAAAUUAUCCCACUUCUUAAUAAAAGAGGAUAAGUCUGAAGUACCAACAAAUAGAAACAUCUGCUUAGAGCCACUUCCUAUUGAAGUAGGUAAAAACACUGCAUCCCAAACGGACCAAAUACUCAAGGUCAACAUGAGCAACCAGACUCCACAAAUUCUUGUUAAAAAUGCAGGAAUUCAAAUUGAUGUACAGACUAGCUGUUCCUCAGAAAAAGUCUCUGAAAUAAUUAGGCAAUUUACUGAAAGAAUUGAACGCAUACAAGAACUUCAUGCCUCUGAAAUUUUGGAUAUGCAAUCCAGACAUAUUUCAGAAACUGAAACUCUAAAGAGGGAACAUUAUGUUGCUGUUGAGUUACUGACAGAGGAGUGUGGUACAUUGAAGGCAGUGAUACAGUGUCUGAGACCUUUUAAAGAGGGAUCCUUGAUUCCUGAAAUAACGUAUUCUAAUGCUUACCAAACUAGAGAAAUAUAUUCCAGUGAUUCUGGAUCAGACUGGAGUCAGGGAGUUUAUCUUACGCAAAAUCAGGGAUUUGACACAGCAUCAGAAGGACGAGGAGAAGAAGGUGAAAAUUUAACAGAAUCAUUUCCAAAGAAAAUAAAGGGAUUACUGAGAGCUGUUCAUAAUGAGGGCAUGCAGGUGCUUUCUCUCACUGAGUCACCAUGUGGUGAUAGAGAAGAUCAUUCUAUUCAACAGAUUUCAGAAUUUUGGCUAAAAGAGAGAAGAGCUUACCUUAAUAUCAUCUCAUCUCUUAAGGAUUUAAUUACCAAAAUACAAGUGCAAAGGGAAUCUGAGGUUUAUGAUAAUUCUCAAUCUCAUGAGAGCCUCCCGGACUGGCGAGGGGAAUUUCUACUUGCUCUCCAACAUGUUUUCUUAAAGGAGCACAAUGUUUUGCUAGCUGCAUUUCAGACUGAACUGACAGCUCUAGGCACUAAAGAUGCAGUUGGAUUAUUAAAGUGUUUGGAACAGCGAAUACAAGAACAGGGUAUUGAAUAUCAAGCAGCUAUAGAAUAUCUCCAAAAAAUAGACAGAAGAAGCUUAUUAUCUGAAAUUGAAGUACUACGUGCUCAAAUUAAUGACAAGAAAAUGACCUUGAAAAGAGAACAAGAAAAUGAUAAACCAAACCUAGAACUUUUGGAAUAUACUAUGCAGCAGAAGCAGUCUCAAAUUCUGGAGAUGCAAGUGGAGCUCAGCAAUAUGAAAGACAAAGCAAGUGAACUUCAAGAACACCUGAGUUCAGAAAAAAUGGUAGUUGCUGAACUAAAAAAUGAACUUGCACAAACGGAAUUGGAACUUGAAACAACACUCAAGGCACAGCAUAAGCAUCUAAAGGAACUAGAAGCAUUCAGAUUGGAAGUAAAAGACAAGACAGAUGAACUACGUUUGCUUAAUGAUACACUAGCAAGUGAACAGAAAAAAUCAAGAGAGCUCCAGUGGGCCUUAGAGAAGGAAAAAGCCAAAUUGGGACGCAGUGAAGAGAGAGAUAAAGAACAACUUGAGGACUUGAAAUUUUCACUUGAGGAUCAAAAACAGAGAAAUAUUCAACUAAACCUACUUUUGGAAGAACAGAGACAACUACUAAAUGAAUCACAGCAGAAAACAGAAUCACAGAGAAUGCUAUAUGAUGCCCAAUUAUCAGAAGUACAAGGCCGAAACUUGGAGCUUCAAGUACUUCUUGAGUCUGAAAAAAUUCGUAUUCAAGAAAUGAGUAGUAUUCUAGAUAGGGAACGGCAGUUCCAUGCACAGCUACAUAGCAGUGACAGUAGUGGGCAGCUUCGGUCAUCAUUACCCUCAGAUGACCUACUUAUAGAGCUACAGAAACAGCUGGAGGAAAAACACCGUCGUAUAGUAGAGUUGUUAAAUGAAACUGAAAAAUACAAACUGGAUUCUUUGCAAAUGAGACAGCAAAUGGAAAAAGAUAGACAGGUUCACAGGAAGACAUUGCAGACAGAACAGGAGGCCAAUACUGAGGGGCAGAAAAAAAUGCGUGAGCUCCAGUCCAAAGUUGAAGAUCUUCAGCGCCAGCUGGAGGAGAAGAGGCAACAAGUUUAUAAGUUAGACCUUGAAGGAAAGCGAUUGCAGGGAAUUAUGCUGGAAUUCCAGACACAAGAACUAGAACGAGAAGAAAAACGAAGUAGACGAAUUCUAUAUCAGAAUCUUAAUGCGCCAACCACCUGGAGCUUAACUAAUGAUCGAACAAGGAAUUGGGUUCUUCAACAGAAAAUAGAAGGAGAGACAAAAGAAUCAAAUUACCCUGAAAUGAAUGGAGGAGAAACUGGUUAUAACCAUGAAAUAGAAAUGCUCAGACAAAAGCUUCAACUUGUGGCUUCAAAACUGCACCAUCUAGCCCAGAAAGCCUCUAAUAGACUACAGUUUGAAACAGCAGAUGAUGAAGCUUUCAUUUGGGCACAGGAAACUAUUGAUGAAAUUACUUUACAAUUACAGAAAUUAACUCACCAACCAGGUGAAGAGCCUACCUUAGUAUUACCAGGUACUUCUGGGUGUUCAUUGACUGAAAGACUACUCAGACAAAAUACUGAACUGACGGGAUAUAUCAGCCAACUGACUGAAGAAAAGAAUAAUUUGAGGAAUGUGGUCGUGAAGAUGGAAGAGCAGUUGAAGCGCUGUCAACAGACAGGAACUGGUGGAGAUUAUUCUUCUAGGUUUUUAUUCUGUGGUGAUGCCAACCUUGAAGCCAUUAUUGCUUCUGAAAAAGAAAUAUGGAACAGAGAAAAAUCAGCUCUUCAGAAAACCUUAAAAAAAACGGAAGCUGAAGUAUAUAAACUGAAAGCUGAACUGAGAAAUAACACUUUACUUCAGAAUCUGAACACUGAUUCUGAAAAUACCUCACUAAAGAGGACUUAUGGUAAAUACUUGAGGGCAGAAAGUUUUCGUAAAGCUCUCAUUUAUCAGAAGAAAUACCUGCUGCAAUUAUUGGGCGAAUUCCAAGAAUGUGAGGAUGCCACCAUAACGCUGCUUGCCCGGAUGGGGGGUCAGCCAGCCUUCACCAAUCUGGAGUUCAUCAGCCGCCCAAAGGGCUUAGCCAGAUUUCGUUCAGCUGUCAGAGUGUCCAUUGCAAUUUCACGAAUGAAAAUUUUGGUUCAACGGUGGCAGCAAGUCACAGGUUCUGGUUCCACCAAUGUUAACAGGGAUGGCUUUGAACUGAAUCCAGGUGCUGAAAAGACUGACCCAUUUUAUCAUUCUUCUGGUGAACUAGAGCUAGAUGGAGAACCAAGACAUACAACAUACCGCUCAAGAUCAGAUCUGGAUUCUCCUAGGUGCCUUUUACCGUUUCAAAAUAGGUCCCCAGGCACCCUAGCUGAUUUAAAUCCUGGUUCCACAGCGUGCUCUCACCUUCAGAAUUAUGAUCCUGAUAGAGCCCUGGCAGAUUAUAUCACUCGGCUAGAGGCACUACAAAGAAGACUUGGAACUGUACAGACAGGUUCAACUACUACAUUUCAUGGUGGUAUGAGAAGAUAAUACUUUAAAAACAUCAAAAGUUGAAGUGAUUUUAAACAAAUUCUCUUUUGUAAAUCGAAGAUUCUUUUGUGCUUUUAUAUUGUGAAUAUUUAAUGGGACCAAAACAAACACAGCUUAUGAUUGUAUCAGAUCUCUUGCACAUGAAAACAAACUGGAAUUUGUACAUACAAGCAUUGUGUAUGUAUUCAUGCACAGUAAUCACUAAAUUACAUGUAUAUUUGCGGAAUGUUAAUUUAAAUGAUUAAAUUAUAAACCUUGUGUAUUUAUCAAAUGGGUGAAAAGAUUAAACUUUUGCCGAUAUGAUACUGCUGAAUGUGUAGCUUGCGGUGUCCUGCACUUUUCAUUUAAGGCUACUGAAAUUACAUGUUUCUGCCUAAUAUAUUUGCUACUGGUGAUGAAGACAGAAGAUAUCACUUGUACACACCUAUUUUUGUAUAAUGGUAGAAGUUUUGAAUUUUAUGGGGUAUUUUGUCAAAGCACUGAAAAUAAAAAUGACUUCACCAUUUUCACCACA